GUAUCUUUGUUUACAUCACGAAGAAAUAAGAAGCAAAUAAUCUAGUGAAUUUAGUGAAAUCAUUGUGUUUUAUGAACUUUACGAAAAGGUUUUAAAAGAACUGAUUACAGCGGUCAUAUUAUUGAUCAAUAAAACUUCUACAAUGGAUGCGCUUGACGUGAUUGAAAAAAGAAUCGAAACCCUCACCCAACUGCUAGGGCCGCUCCCGACCGAUGAAAGUCAGUCGGAAAAUUUAACCGAAGCCAUUCUCUCGGCAUCGUCGUUCCUUCCCUCGGCCAGCACCGGCCAUCUGGCCGAUGGUGCCGCCCGGGGAGCAAUAUUGGAAACGUUCAAGCGAAAGGAUGAAUUGGAAGCAUACCUGGAUCCAGCCUACCUAGAAGAGAAGCAGGAUAUCAAAGCAAAAGAAAUGUACAUCAAUACGAUAGCGAACGAUUUGGCCGGCACGUUCGAGACUCUGCAGAAAAUUAAGGCCCUUGAACCGACCCUCGGUGCGGAGUACUUCCGCAAUCUGCCCGAUGUUAGCGAGCAGUUGAAAACGAUGACCACCGCUACGGGCGAGCAGAGACAGGCCAAUGAACUGCUCGAGGAAAGCCUUGUGAUAGCGAUGCAACGCUACAGUGAGAUACAGAGCGGAAUCAAAGAUUCGCUCAAAGCCAUGACCGAUCGUUUGGAUCAAUUGGAGGACCGCCUGGCGCAAAAGAAAAAGCAAGAUAAAGACAUCUGAAGAGGGUCCGUAGGGGCAUGGACGAAAGUGGUUGUGUACUUCCCGGGAAUAGUCCUAUAAUCGAUGAGUGGCGCUAUAUUAUUUAAUAAAUAAUCCUAUUUGCAUUAUGUAUAUCAUUAAACAUCUAACAUGAUUUUCAUACUAGCACAAUAUAGAUUCGUAUAUCUUGGAUAACAAUGCUAAAGACGUGAUUUUUCGGUUUUGUUCUGUUCUCUUAUGUGAUAUUUCUCAUCUUCCUCUAGGCAACAAGCUUAACAGGAUCGUUUCAUUUUGUUUGAUUUUAUUCGUAUUGAUCAUUUAUAGUAUAGUUCAUUUUUAUCAGUCACUUUUCUUUUAGGUUUUGAUAUCCAAGAUUAAUUUUCCAUUCACAAUAUUACUUUUCGCAAAUUCGGGAAAUUGGUUAUUUGGCAAUAACAAGGAAGAAGAACUAGCAACAAGUUACAACAGAGAUAACAAUGAACGGUAAUACCCCAAAUCGAGAGAAAAGAUUAACUUCCGCUUUUAAAAAUGUCUGCUCAAACUGAUUCUACUGUAGCCUAAAAUAAAGCCAAUAAUGGCCAAUAUGGAAUUUGUGAAACUCUCAGUUGAUGUAUGAAACCAGCAAAAGAUUUAAUUUUGCUAGCACGUGGAUGGUCGAAAACGAAAUGAAUAAUACUUAUAUGA